AGCAGGCUAAUUACCGGGGGUGCCGACAACUGUUGGAACAGUGUGGGCUGACUGGUGUUUUGGACGGACGCAGUGAGCUCACCAAGAUGGAGUCGGGCCCUCCACAUCUCUCCCCAGUCCCCGGGACGGAGGCCAUCCCGCACCACCACCCCCACCCUGGGGUACCCGGAAUGCCCAUGCCGCCACAAAUGAUGCCCAUGACCACCCCGGUCGGGCUUCAAGCCAUCUACCAAGCCUGUCGGCGGCUGUAUGCCGACCAACCCAACCCGCUCCAAGUCACGGCUGUCGUCAAAUACUGGUUGGGUGGUCCGGACCCGUUAGACUACAUCAGCAUGUAUUCUAACCCAGGAGACCCAAACAGAGGCAUCCCUGCACACUGGCAUUAUGUCAGCUUCGGUCUCUCUGAUCUGUACGGAGAUGGCAGAGUGCACGAAUACACUGGCCCGGAAGGCCCGAGUGGCUUUGGAUUUGAGCUGACAAUCCGCCUAAAGAAGGAGACUGGUGAAACGGCCCCGCCCACCUGGCCUGCUGCCCUGAUGCAGACCUUGGCCAGAUAUGUCUUCCAGUCAGGUGAGGAGAGCAAUCACAAUGUCCUGUGUGCUGGUGAUCAUGUGUCCUGGCACAAUGCCCUGGACAGCAGUGAGUCUCGUAUUCAGCACAUGCUUAUGGCAGAGGACCCUCUCCUACAGUCUAUCAUGUCCCCAAUGGGCACCAUCAACUUUAUACAGAUUAUUGGAGUGACUGCAGAGGAGCUGCAGGCUGCACAGAGAUGGAACGGUCCAGGAAUCCUGGAACUGCUGCGGAAUGUGCCAGUUGCAGGGGGACCAUGGCUUCUUACUGACAUGAGAAGAGGUGAAACCAUCUUUGAGAAGGACCCACAACUUCAGGAGGUUGUUGAGAGAGGAAUUGAGACUGAGGGCUCCAACCUGAGUGGUGUGAGCGCCAAGUGCAGCUGGGAAGAGAUGGAAGAUUCCCGAGAAGAAAGAGAAGAAUCAGAGGAAACAGUCAGACAGCGUAUAACACCACAUGAAUCAGAGCAAAUCAAGGCAGAGCUGAGGAGGGGGUUGAUGGGACAACAUGGCUCAGGGGCGGCUGGGUUUGGAACCGGGGCAGGUGCCGACUGGACGGAUCAUGUCAACCACAACACAGACAGAGAGAGGAAAGACUCCCUGAGCAGUUCAGGCAGUACAGAGGAGGUGAAGCCAGGCGAGCUACAGAGGAGCCAGACCAUGGAUGCUGUACAUGUCAAAAUUAACAAGGAGGCUGGGACUCUACUGCCACUAGUCAUGAGGGGGAGAUUGAAACACGGACGUCACUUCACAUUCAAGGACGUGUCAGGGAAUUCUGCAAUAACAUUUGUGUCACCAAGAGUGAUGGGAGCCAUAGCGGAUGAAAGCCACCCAUAUGCUUCCAGAGGGCCAUGGUUACAGGUUCUUAUACCAGAAGAUUUUCUAGAAGCAGUCAUAAAAGACUUGGAGGAGCUGUCCAGCACAGAAGAACUUGUGGUGCCAAAGCAGUACAGAUGGAGAGAGAAAGGGUUGACCAUCAGUAUCCUACCAGACGACUGGUGACAUGGAAGGUGUGGUUUGUAAAGAGCCAUGUUGUAUAUGGGGGGUAGAGGUUGUUUUCGUGCAGUGGAUACUGUAUCUAUAUUGAAAUUAUGAUAAAGGUACCUGAAUGGUAUUUGGCUAUGAGUAGAGUAUCAUGUACUUUCCCCUGUACUCUGGAUAAGGGUGAUGAAAAGGAAACAAUGAUAAUGUAUUAGAAUGAAAGAAUGGUUGUCUUUUAAACUGUUUCUUGCCUCAGUGUAAGGCAUUUGAACUAGUACAUCAGAAUCAUGAUUUAAGAUCAUUACUAUGUUGAAACCUGAAUGGAACACGUGUCAAUUUAUAAAGAGUCCUUUGUUAAUUGUGUUUCUGUGGAAUGCUGGGGGUAUUUAUGCUGUUCUCAAAAGCAUAUUAAUAGUGAUUAUGAUAAAGUUUAUAUAGAUGAAUGCAAUGCCAUAGAUUUGCCACAACAUCAUUGUGUCAACAAGUGACACCUGCCAUAAAAUCUUACUUUGGAAGAGGUUACAGAAAUUGUUGCAUUGUUAAUUUCCUACAGUUAAAGACUCAAACCAGUAGCAACACCGCACAUCACAAUGUUAGUAGUUUAUCAGCUGCUUUGUUUUAAUCACAAUAGGUUUUAGAUGUUUUAUUCAUAAAUUGGAAUCAUACAAAUUGCAUUUUUAAAUAUUGUACCGAUAAAAAGCUAUCAAGGCACUAGCAAUGUGUAUUUAAGUUCCAUAUACAAAAGCCCAAUGGUAGUGUCAAAUUGAUAAAUACAGGGUGCUUGCAACAGCUUUUUUGACAGGGAAGGACAGUUGGCCAUUCAUUUAUUUAAAGGGUUUGUUUGAGAAUCAUGUAUGGUACAGACUGCUUUUAUAUUGUAACAUCUUCAACAUAUUCAAUACUUGAGAGAUAAUGUACAACGUGUAUCUAUGGCCUGAGAAAUUUUUUUGCUGCUGAAUAUGCUUUCAUUGCUAAAGGAUUUUUGAUUUGUAGAUGUUAAAGAUGUUUGCUUUGCUUCAGUAUCACAGUUUAUAGUAUUAUCUUAAGUAUAGUAAAGAGGAUAUUGUGCUUAAUGCUCUAACCAAAUUCACAAAUAACUGUGAUGUUAUCAUUCUCUCCAAACCGUAUAUCUUUGUUUCUGAUGGAGUUUUAGGACCACAAAUAAUCAUUGUGUUGUUCGUGAGCUCAGCUGUUCAUGAAAAGUGCCUUGCAAGUGAAAUUUGCCUAUUGCUUACAAUUCCAAAUUGCUGCUGCAUUGUGUUAGAAAGACCAAUUUUUGUUGAUUCUUGUAAAAGAACAUUUCACUGUAGACAAUGCCUCAACAUUUUCUAAACAUUUGGUAUGACAAGUGUUUAGUCAACUAACUCCACAGUACCAAAAAAGGUAUGUAGUUACAUGUACUCUGUCUCAAGCAUUGCCUUAUAAAUGUACAGAAAAGUAUUUUCAUAUAGCAAAUAGGAAAUGUAGUUUUCUAGGUGCUGCUUUGCCAAGUUAACUGUAAACUGUAAAUAUAUGCUGUUUUAUGUCCA